AUGCCCUCCGACAGCGGCGCGGCAUCCUCGUCAGUCUCCCCAAAAGUCAUCGUGCCGUCAGUCACGGUUAUUGCACUUCUUGUUCUUAUAACAUUCAUUGGCGCAGUGAUCAUCUUUAUCCGUGCGUACAAGAAGCGACGGCAGAACCAAGCGGACGCCGAGAAGCAGGAUGAGGAGGCAGCAAAUGCCACCGCCGCAGCCGACACCAAGACUGGCAAGUAUCGGCGGAGCGGCGCGAGUAGCAGCGUUGGCGGUGGUGGUGGUGGUGGUGGUGGAGGAGGCGGCGGUCGCGAUGCGGAGGAUGUGAUCAGCCCGGUACCUCGCGCGGCGCACUCCCACCAGGAGGCACGGGACAUUGUUGAGCAGGGCUUCCGCCGGAGCCGGCGGUCGGGCGACGACGGAGUUGAGCGGGGUGUGGUAUUUGGGCAGGGCUACAGCGUGUGGAAUGGGCCCGGGCAGCAGCAGCAGGACGAAGGUGCGGCGCCGGUCAUUGGCAAGAUUGAGCGCAUCAUGGGCAACCCGCUGUCAAACGACUUCUACACCGACCGUGCGAGUGGCAGCGGCCACUCGCGCAAUAACAGCGCUGCAAAGGCAGCAGCAAAGGAGAAGAAGAGGGAGUCGAAGAGACACAGCUACCCCGUGGUCAACACGAAGAAUGUACCGCUGAGGACAUCUUCGGCGAGGCCGACCACGGCGCUGGAGCUGGACACGAACCUGUCGCCCGUGUCGCCGGACGAGACAGAGCUGUCGACUGCGCGCGACUUCUCGCCCUACAGCGGAGACAAUGGCGUCUUCAAGUCGCUGUCACCGCCCCCAGCGGUACCAGCUGCCAUUGCGCUGCGGUAUCCGAACGUGACGGCCCUAGUGCGAGCGAACAUCCCCGGCGAGUCGGCGUCGAAGCGGUCGUCGUUCCGCUCAUCGCAUCGGACGUCAAACCGGUUCUCGUACACGCAGCUGCACGACGGGACAAACCUCUCGGACCACAUCUCGUCGCAGUACAGCCGCUCAAAGAAGGAGCAGAAGUCGCCGUCUCCCGUCCACAUCGAGAACGUCAAUACACCCGAUCCCCUCCCAAGUCCGCCUGCCUGGGCGGCGUUUGGCGGGUUUGGCACCUCACGGAACUCGAAAUCAUCGUCUUCGCAGCCAUCCAGGAUCUCCACAAUCUCCUCCGGUACCGACAAGUCCGCAGGGCAAUCCGUCAAGAGCUACGGCCACGGUCACAGGCUCUCGUGGAACGGCAGGAGCGUCCUAGACCUCGACCCCGCCCCGCCACCCGUGCCCUCGAAACACUCAACACCCCCACCGCCACCCCCACCGCCUAUCGUCCCCUCCUCCCCUACCCCCUCAUCCCCCUCCCGUCCACUCCGCCGCAAGGACAGAAACAUCCCCAUCGAGCCCACCUCACCACCAAAGUUCGCAACAGCCCCAAGAGUCCGCACAUCCGCCUUCGGGCCCUCCCGCCAAAAGAACUACCCGCAGCUCCCGCCCAUCCCUCCAGACCCAGAAGACGUCGCCAGCGGCCAGCUGUUCCUGCCAACGCUCAUGUCCCGCUCCGGGUCGAACUCAAAGAUGUCGGUCCUCUCAGUGCCAUCCACAAUCUCGUCGUUAAACACCAUCAACACCAUCACCCGCUCCACAACAGGGCUCUCGCCCACGCCCGCGCGCCAGUAUACACCGCGCAACACGCCAGAGCCGUUGGCGGUGGUGCCGGACAGGAGGAGUAUUGGUGCGAGCACGAUACUGACGGAGACGAGCGAGACGUCGAAUAUGACGGCGGCGGAGCUCGAGCUGGAGAUGAGGAAGAUUAGGGAUCGGGCGAAGAGGGCGUCGGAGGAGAGGAGAGGCAGUAGGAUGAGGCAUGAGCAGAGUUGGUUGGCGGAGGAGGAGGCGGAGAGUUCGAGGCGGGGCCCGGGGGUCGGGCAUCGCUUCUUUUGA